UCCACCGCCCAGUGUCCGUCAGCUCUUGAUAACCGCAGUCAAAACACCACCCCCCAUCAUCAAAAUGGCCCUCAAGUCCGAUCCCGUGUUCGAGCGUAUCGCUAAGCGCCUGGAGACGAUCGACCCGAACAACCGUCAGGUGCAACAGAUCUACAAGUUCCGCAUUCAGCAGAACGGUAAGGUCGUGAAGACCUGGGUGCUGGAUCUGAAGGCUGUCAAGCUGACGGAGGGUGACGGUGCGGCGGAGGCCACCCUUACCAUGGAGGAUGACAUCAUGUUCGCCCUCGGCACUGGCGCGAUGCCGGCGAAGGAGGCCCUCGCCCAGGACAAGCUGGAUGUGGAGGGACAGGUUGAGCUGAUCUUCCUGCUGGAGCCGUUCAUUGCUUCGCUCAAGAAGUAAAGCGAUGCAGCGCAGCCACCGGCACACCAAUACGGGCACCUACACCUACAUACGCUAGCAACACCGUACCGAAACACCAUGGUGGGCUCAGUUAAUUUAUUACAAUAAUCACACACGCACACACACACACACAAACCACCCCCGAAAGGACGUAACAUCUUACGCAUCUUCCGCGGACGAGGAUGCGCUUAUUAUCGGUAUUGUUUUCUGUUUCGCACCCGCGCCCGGUUCACCAUCAUCGCCGGCCCCUGUUAGUACGUCCAUCCUACAUCACUGCUGCAACAUUUGCAGGCACAUGCUGUACAAACACACACACCAUCCAAUAUGUACUAACGCGGAUUAUUAAAUGAUGCUUUGAAA